AGGCUUAACAACCGUCGGGGCUUUUCUUCUUUCUGCAGCUUGCAAGGAUCUCUGUUUUUUGUAAAACAGUUCCGAGGAAACAAUGGCCAACUUCUCCUUAUGGGCAACUUUUGGAUUAUGUUUGCUGAAGCUUUGUCUAACAGAAACACAAUUCAAUGUAAGUUGCAGAUAUGGAGGAGUUUUUCAUGUUGAGAAAAAUGGUCGCUACAGUCUCACACGAUCUGAAGCAGUCGAACUCUGCAGAGCUCUCAAUAGUACCUUGUCAACGCUAGAGCAGUUGAAGAAAGCUCAUGAACUUGGAUUUGAAACUUGCAGGUAUGGUUUUGUAGUGGGGAAUAUUGUUAUCCCACGAAUCAAUCCCUAUCAUCUUUGUGCAGCAAAUCAUACUGGCAUUUACAAACUUUCAGCAAACACAACUGGUCGGUAUGAUGCAUACUGUUAUAAUGCGACAGAAACAAGGGACAAAACGUGUGAGCCAAUUGAAAGACUAGAUACUUCUUUCCUCAGUAAUCAGGGUGAAAUAGUCAUUGACAAUGCAGAUGGCUCACGUUAUAAUGCAGAUGGCACGCGUCAUAGUGGAGAGUCCUCAACCUCAGGUGCGGAUGAUGAAAAUGUAGGUAGUGGAUCAACACAUGACACAACUCCCAUGGAUACCUCCAUCAGGAGAUCCAGCCCCUCAUAUUAUGGAAGUGCUACUCCAGUCUCACAGCUGCCAGAUCAUUCUUCUGGAGGGGGUGAAAAAGAAAUUCCUAGAAAAGAUUCUGAUGAUGAAGUUUCUCCUGUAUCACCUGACAUCUCUUUGGUGACGGCAGCUGAUGAUUCCCCUGAAAAAGACGGUGGACAGUAUCCUGCGAGUACUAGAUCUACCUCCAGUAUAUAUGGUAAUCAAGGACCACACAAGGGACAUGAUGAAUCCACUACUUUCCCUGGAGAGACCACAACAACAAAAAUAGUUUCACAACCAAGGUCGGCCCAGGUACCAGAAUGGCUGAUCAUAGUUGCCGCUCUUGUGGCACUUGCAUUGAUUCUUGCAGUGUGCAUUGCUGUUAACAGUCGGAGAAGAUGUGGGCAGAAGAAAAAGCUAGUGAUUAACAAUGGCAAAGGGGCAGUGGAGGACAGGAAGACAAGUGGAUUAAAUGGAGAUGUCAGCAAAUCACAAGAAAUGGUGCACUUGGUUCAUAAAGAACAGUCAAAUGACCAAACAGGAGCAUGUGACGAAUUCCUGACCGUUAAUGAAACACAAAAUCAUCAGGAGCUUGACAUGAAGAGUGGAGUGUAAUGGUACCAAGUUGCCAAGUAGAUCAGAGCUGGGGAAAUCAAAAUCACAUGGAACUUGGACAGGAAUUCACAGAUGCACUGUGCUACUGAUGUCUUCUGAACAUAAUUAAACAUAAGUUUUAUUCAUUUUUAAUCACUUUAAAAUGAUGUCUGAGUUACAAAAUUGACAUUUGCUUUCUGCAAUAAGCCCCCACGAGUUGCAUAAUGUUUUCAGUUCCCAGUUCCUACACAGGGGACACUCACUGUGUCCUGGGUGUCAGGAAGGAUACAAGUUUACAUCAUUGUUCCCCAGAUGGAGGGUCUUCGCUGUGCGGAGCUACAGAAGUAUCCAGUCACUCCAUCUUACAGGCAUUUAAGGUACUAAACUUGCCAUGGUACUAGAGUAAGUGAGGAACAAAUGUCAAGAGCAAAAAUCAAGUUUAAACCAAAAAGGCCUCCUAUGCAAUGUCUAAAACAUCAGAAUCCUUCAGAAAUGCCUUCCAGCCAGGAAGAGCAGUAGGUGCAUUCAGAGUCUGCCAGUAUAAACAAAAAGUGACAUAUUAUAAUGAUUUACAGCUUGGUCUGCAAUGAGGGGAACCCAGAAGGACAAAAUUUAUUUAUCUCUAUUUUUAAAUGUCUAUGGGCAUACAGCAAGUCUUCUUGGGAGGGGGAAUAAAGAGAUGAAAACAUGAGCUGAUAGAUAAUAAACUUCUAUACUUUAUUAUCCUAACAAUCUGUACAGUUAUCCUUGAGUUUUUGAGGUGUUCAUUGCUCUUCGCCCUCUCUCCCUCAUUGGUCACAGUUUGUGCAUGUUUUUAAUGAGUCUGUUAGUUAGGAUAAUGAAUAAAACAGAAUGACCCCAGCUCUAUCACAUGCACAAAUCAAGCAAUUGGAGAUCAUUAGGGAAGAUGACAGUAUUUUAUUCCUGAAAAAUAGGUCUCUAUCUUCUUCUGCUCCAUUUUACUUAGGAGAUGCUGAGCCUAGUAAAACUUGUUUCCCCUAUAACUAUUAUGUUACACCAGUUUGCUGAUAUUUUAAAAGUUGCCUUUCUGUGAUCUCGUUCACUUCCUCUGAAUUCUAUUUCAUCCACGUUUUUCCCUCUGCUUUUUAAAAAUACCAGACGAAACAUUACUUGCUUAUUGGUACCAGAAGUUCAAAUUCUACAGAAAAGAUCAAAGAAAAUUAAAGGAAGCUCUCCCAGCCAUGUAAUAUAGUAAAGUAGCUGCUGCUGCAUUGUUACAUGCUUUUGUUUUGUCCUUAUGUGUCUGUUAUGUCAAGUAUUUGUAUUAAGCUAUGAUGCUGUGCAUUAUGUUGAUAUGAAUUGUCAGAAAGAAAAUUAUUUACUACCAGUGGUCUGUGCCAUUUUUAAGAAAGCGUAUUGGAAUGGAGGGAAAAUGAUAACUUCUAAUU